AUCACACACACUGGUAAGUACUGAAUUUUGCAUCUGGCGAAAGACUGUCACUUGGUGCUAUCAGUCAAACUGUCCUCUGUGUUCCGUAGUUUGCUGUUUGUCCAAACAAGUGAGCCCGUGUCUCUACGGGCACGUACACGGAAUUGGGAAGGGAGAAACAAAGCAGUCUGAACGGGCAAAAAGGCUGUCGUAUCGUUUGCCGAGUGAGCCACGGUCAGACAUCAACCGUGUCUCGUACGAACCAGUCCGAUCGGUUGGUCUGGUCCGGUGGGAAACGUUUACGGUAGAUCGCGCCAAAGGUGCGCCUUUCCUUUUGCGAACAGCAAUUUUGUUUUCCACUAGAAUUCACAAGUACACGGGUGCUUAAGUGUGUGUGUGUGUGGUGAUUAAAAAAUUGUAAAGACGUGUGUGGAACUACAGUGAACAACAGCACCAUGGAUCAACGCCAUGGUCUGGUGCCGGAAAUGGACUGAUUUUGCUGCAAUUUCGGUCCGUUCCAUCCAUUUCCGUUUUGGUUGGUCGGUUGCGGUAAAGGCCAAAUCGAACCGACGGACAACGCAACAUCCUUCAUCCGUUUCGCUUCCAACCAACACCGGGUUGGCUUUACUUGGCCGUGUCUUAUAAACCGAGCGCCCUUCCACAGUCAAGAUCCUGCACCAACGAUGGUAGGAAUGAAGGGCAAACGGGUGAAUGAAGUGAUGGACCAACGGCUGCCGGUGGUGGUACUGCUGGUUGUGAUACUAACGGUGGUCGGUAGUGCCGACUCCUAUACCGUACCACGCGAUACCGACAUCCUGCUGGCGGAUGGAUUCUUCAAGCGUAUGCGGGACCUGUUUGCUGAGCGAGCGUACGAAGAUGCGCUCGGUACCGGCGGUUCCGAGAUGGCAGAUGAAGCGCCUCCAAUGGCGCCGGUCGACACUUCUCAUCUAGACAGUCCACCAAAGCCGAAGCUGGUAGAGGAUUGGCCGAAGGUGAAACACGCGUUCGGUCAGGUGACGGCCGUCACUAUCGAUCUACAAGGCAAUCCGGUCAUCUUCCACCGUGGCAGUCGCACAUGGACCAUGGAGAGCUUCAACGAUACCCAUCACUAUCAACACAUCGCCGAAGGACCAAUACCAGAAAAUACGAUCGCAACGCUAGCGGCCUCGGACGGUGCCGUCUUGGAGGAACGUGGUGCAGGCAUUUUCUACAUGCCGCACGGACUGACGAUCGAUCGAAACGGUAACAUGUGGCUGACAGAUGUGGCGUUACAUCAGGUUUUCAAAUUCAUGCCCGGCCGGGACUAUCCCGCCAUUACGCUUGGCCAUCGGUUCGAGCCUGGUUCGUCCAAGACCCAUCUCUGCAAACCAACUGCGGUCGCAAUCGCCAGUACGGGUGAAAUUUUCGUUGCCGAUGGGUACUGCAACAGUCGGCUACUGAAGUUCAAUGCAGCCGGACGCUUGAUCCGUACCAUACCGCAACCGCCCGAGUUCCUGUCACUGCAGACACCGCACGGGCUGGCACUGCUCGAACAUCUGGACAUGGUGUGUGUGGCCGAUCGGGAGAAUAUGCGUGUCGUUUGUCCCCGAGCCGGUCUCCAGACAUCGUACGGCGAAGGUACACAGGCAGCCACCAUCCAAGAGCCCGAUCUUGGCCGUGUUUUCGAUGUGGCCGCUUACGGUGAUUUGGUGUACGCGGUUAAUGGACCCACCUCGCCGAUGAUUCCGGUACGCGGAUUUACGAUCGAUCCACGGUCGGAAACCAUCAUCGAUCACUGGGGCAAGUUUGAGAAUCCCCACUCGAUCACCUUCUGCCCGAACGGUUCGGCCAUGUACGUGACCGAGAUCGGACCGAACCGUGUGUGGAAGUUUACCCUCACGAUGUAAGCAUGAACCAUCGGCGUGGCCCACCAUCACCACACAUCCCGACGAACCCGUGCUCCCGUGCGUUCCUUUCCUGGGUGGCACUGCUCCAUGGUGCAGCGAACAACAUCUGCCGCUCCACGGUGACCACGAUUUAGCCCUCGAACAUGCGAAUUUUCCAUUCGCAUGCCAACACCAUCCAAACAACCGAAACCAUCAGUGGCGGACGCCAACAUGAAAGGGACACGCGCGCGGCACGAAUCACGGCGAUGUACAUCUGUCUGCAAAAAGGCGGUUUUCGAACAGCGGAUUGACAUGUGGUCCGAAAGGUGGUUCUGUGUACGUGAGCGCUGGUAAUACUACCAAAAUGACAAGGAACAAAUUGCCUCCAAAACCGUAACCAACGCUUACCUACUCCAGCCGGGAAGCGUUGGUACGGUUGUGGAAAGAUGCCUUCGCUUGGGACAAAUCUUCUCAUACCAGACAAACAUUUUAAUUUCCAAUUUAGCGGUUGUGUCCCGUUUGGGCACGAAGCAAAUGAACAUGCGUAACCGAGGAGCCGUAACGUAAAACAAAACAACAUCCAGAAACACAGUUUGUUUUAAGCCAAAUGAAAACACGUCACUGAAGGUGAACGAGACAGUACAUUAAGGGAAGAAAUUUGAUUGAUCUAACUAGCAGCAGCAAAACUAUACAUACAUAUUAUACAUAAAUAUACAUACAUAUUCAUAUACAUAGAUGCACACCAGCUCACCUACGGUGCCCGGAACCUUAUCGGGACUUAAAAGUCAAACGGUUUAUAGAGAAGCCAAAGGCUUACCAGGUGGCAAAGAUACUUAACCCAGUAGUGAUUUAUAUACAUAGCCUCACCACCACACAACAAGUCACGUAUGCAAUUAUAUAUUUAUAUUUAUAUACGGAACACAAUAGGACCAGCAGAACAGAUAAUAGAAUGCUGCUGAGGUGUGUGCAUUCCACCGCAACCGUGAUGAUUGAUUGCUAAUAAGAGAGAAAGAUAGUACACAAACAAUAAUAUUGAACCAUAAUCAGACGCUCCCCUACAUUCCUAUCUUCAUUUUCAGCUAGCAAAUGUGGAAAAUAUUUGUUUUCCAUUUUGAAGCAAAAGACGCAAAACACAAUAUACAAACACUUGCAAAUAAAGCGUUGAAACACUAAUGGUAGACCAAAAGUACACUUAUUUUAUGGCAGUAACAGUGAGUCAAACAGAAGUUUAUAAAAUAUAUUCCGGCACGACACACAAUGCAAAACUAAACACACUACAGCAGUAGGAGCUUACGUUAAUAAAAAAACUAGAGAAGCACAACACAAAACAAAACACAGAAACAUUUAUUCUACACUUAACGAAGGAGUUCAGCAAACACGGAACCAAGUACGAUGGUAAUCGCAAUUUAACGCAAAAGUUCUACACCAAUUACAAAUAACAAGUUUGUGCUAGCGAGCAAGACCCAGUAGAGUAAAAGUUCGUGCAAAAACAAAAACCAAACCCCUUAGUAAUGUUAGCGAACGCAACACGCAGGACACAUUUAUAUAGUGCAAAUAAUGCAAAACCAAAUAAGAAAUGGAUAGUGUGAGUGGUGCUGGUACAAACAACUUAAACCCACUUAGAGCAGCGGCAAUACUCUACUUGUAUGCAUUACACACUACCUUUUGCCCAGAGGAUGGCGCAAAUCUUUCUAAAGUAAAACACAUAUUUUUAUACGACGAUAGUGGUAAUAUUACAUGAAUUAAUAAGUAGUUUAUUAAUUCCAUAAGAAAUGCAAUGAAACCAAGGCAAAGUAUCGAAUACACACACACUCAGACACAGACUUGCAUCCGGAGGCACGAACAUCGGUGCCAGCUGUAGGCAAAAUAUAUAUUCACCAAAAAGCAAAGCAAAAAAAGGGAAACCUAAAAUGUAUAACAUAUUCGAUUUCGCGCAGAAUCGCCAAUAGAGUCGCAUCGCGUUUGAGUACAUUUAUUGAAGAACGCGGGACUAAUGCUCUAGAGCAGAUCCUUUCGAUAUAUGCUUCAUUUCUCAUUAGAACCUUCAAGGGUCCUUUGAGCAAUUAGGAGAUUCAUCUGAUCUGAUGAUAAUUUGUUUUUACUAUGAGAUGGUUCAUGUUAACAAAAAUAGAGUUUAUUUUCUUGUUUUCAACUCUCACGAGAUCACUUCUAGUAAAUAUACCGUUUAUAAGCAAGCAACACUUCAAGAAAAAAAGUGAAGAGUAUCAGUUAAGAGACAGUUGAGACAGGUUACAAAGCAAAUAUAUAAAUAUAUGCUGGGACAUACAUAAAGUUAUGGUUUCUGUAUUUCAAAAGGGACCGCAGCAUCGAAGCGUUUCACAGUGAGAUGAUUACGGAGGAUUUACCAAAAUACCAGAAGCAUUUAAAGCGUAACCGAUUUGAAUUUAUAUAUAAUCUUAUAGUGCGGAAAUGUAUGCCACUACCACCAAUAAUUGCAUGUUAAGCCAUUAUUAUGAUAUAUACGUAUUAUACAUACGAAAGAGAUAAAUUAUAUAACACACAUACUAUUCGUACAAUAAAAUUAUAAACCAUAUAUACAGCAGACACAUUACACAAACCAGAUAUAUGACACACAGAAAGGCAAACCAAACACUAUAAAGCUACUGUUAGGAAAUUUUAUAGCAAACUUAACGAAACAACAAAGCCACGUUACACACUAUACAACUGGAUCAGCAUCAGAGCAAGUGCAACUAUUAUCCUUAACACUACCUACUAAUACUACUAUUACUACCACUGGUUGGGAACGGUUGUUAAGUACGAAAUGUACCCCUUUUCUGUUGGGAACACCGGUCUAGUAGCAUUAUCCAACCAAAUAGUAACCACCAGUUAAUGGGGGAGAAGGCUUGAUCACACCGCAACGUUAUGUUGGUAGAUUUGUGAAGGAUCACACCGCAAAAGUCGUAGCGAAACCUAACCUGCUCACAUCCUAUUACACUACACCAUUACAAAAGAAGCAAAAAUAUGUUGAAUAAAAAAUUAUCAUUUAUUUUCCAGCCUUUUUUCAA